UUCUAAAUGUAGAACAUUGGAAGAAGUCCUCAUCAGAACCGUUCAGGUCGACCGUUGGAGAGAGAAGGGAAACGACGCGACAGGCUGAUAAUCAUGUUUUUGCCCUCAGUGAAUAGGGCAACACUUUCUUAUUUUAGAAGUGUCGAAGCCGUAAAAAGGGAAAGGAUCAGAGCGUCUGAGCAAAAAACGUGGAUUAUUCACCCUUACUGCAGAUUCAGGAACUACUGGCUAAUAGCCAUGCUUCUAAUAACGUUGGUCAAUAUGGUUGUAAUACCUCUCAGUGUGAGCUUUUUCGCAGAGGAUGUUUAUUAUAGUCCUGCCUGGAUUGCAUUCACCGUGGUCAAUGACUUCCUGUUUGUCACAGAUCUCUGUCUUAACUUUCGCAUUGGCCUGGCAAGUAAAGAUUCUGAGGUGAUAAUUCUAGACCCGAAGAAAAUAAAGAAUCAAUACUUAAAAACAUGGUUCUUUCUAGACUUACUGGCUGUUGCACCAGUAGAUUACUGUCUUCUCAUUGCUAUGGAGUUUGGUGCCAUUGGUGCCAGUCGUCAGGGACUUGCAGGGAUCAGAAUGACACGUUUGAUUAAACUGAUCAGGUUGUUCAGUUUGUUAAGAUUAUUAAGAAUUUCAAAACUUCUGCAAUAUGUCCGCCAGUGGGAAGAGGUCAAUGGCUGGAAUGUAGGGGGAAUUGCCACAUUCUUCAAAUUCAUGAACAUGAUUGCGAUUAUCAUUUUGCUGUGCCACUGGAAUGCCUGUAUUCAGUUUAUGGUUGUUGUAGCCAUGGACUUUCCUAAACAUAGCUGGGUCAUACUGGAGGGACUUGUGAAUAAACCCAUGAGUUAUCUGUAUUCCAAAAGCAUGUUCCGAGCAUUAUGCCAAAUGAUGACCCUGAACUAUGGCUCCAAAGAAAUACCGAAAGAGUUGACAGAGCUGUGUGUGGUUGUUAUUAGCAUAAUGGUUGGGUCAGUGAUAUACACCAUGAUUUUCGGACGCAUAUUUGCACUAGUCUCAAACUCCAGGAUGGGUGAACUCAUGUAUGAUACCAAGUGUAAUGAAAUUAAGGAGUUCAUGAGACAAAGCCGGCUCCCUACCUCCUUAAGAAACAAAAUCAUGGGCCAUCUAGAAAACAGAUACUGGGGGAAAUGGUUUGAUGAAAAAGACAUUCUAAAGGAUCUAUCUGAACCUCUCAGGCAGGAAACAGUCAGAUUCAACUGUUCAAGUCUUAACAUGUCAUUUUUCAAAGAUGCAGAGCCUCUGUUUAUUACUGGCCUGCUGGAGUUGCUGGAGUUUGAAGUGUAUGAGAAAGGAGACCUGAUCAUCCGUAAAGGUGCUUUGGGGGACUGCAUGUACUUCAUUGAGAGAGGCACUGUGGAGGUCAGAGCUCCUGCAUUCAGCCAAACCCUCACAGAUGGAGCCUACUUUGGAGAGCUCUGCUUGAUGACCAAUAAGAGGAAACGUAUGGCUGAUGUCAUGGCUCUGACUCUGUGUAGACUGUACUCCCUCUCGGUGGACAGCUACAAUGCAGUUCUGAGCCACUUCCCUGAGAUGAAAGCUCACCUUCAAACAGUCUCACAGGAGAGAAGGGACAAGGUUUCAGAUUCUGCAAAAUCCACACAUGAAACUGAGGCUGAAUCAAAACCUCCUAAGCUUCGCAGAAUUGUAUACAGGGUCUCCAAAGUCCAGCCACAGCCUUGAGGUUUCUCUAGAUGGGUGGAUUAGGAGGGUAUUUCUCUACUAGUCAUGGGCCUCCUGUGUUUAUCAGACAAAACCAGACCAGCAAAACAAUCUCCUUGUAUAACACCCAUCACACUAUUGUGUGAAGUCUGUGUAUUGGACUUUUUUUUUUUUUUUACCAUUAUACAUGUACAGUUAUUCGUAUUCUGUGAUUAUUGUCAUCCAGUAUCAGCCACAUACAUAGCCCAUGUAUUGACUUUUUGUUUUUACUGCUGCUCAUUGUGUUAGUACAACUUGUGGUCUAUGUUCAGUGUUCACCCUGAACUUUGAGGAUAUCCAAACUAGUUAAAUGAUACAUGAGUAUUAAUAUAAUUACAAUAAAUACAUUUAUAAACACUUUAUGUUACUUGUUACCCUGAAGUAGUGAACUGCUAAUUCACAUAGGAGUAAAAUGUAAGUAAGUUUAAGUAAGUAAGCAUAUAAGUAAGUUUAAUUUAUUUAUUAAUUCACAUUGAAAUUUGGAUCCAAAUAAACGACUACAUAGCUAGUUAAUGGUCCAACCGCUGUUUAUUUAACAUGUUACUGAGAUUGA